GUUCACCCUCGCCUACCCCCACCCACAACAACGCGGAGAAGACGCCAGGACCGUCGUUCAUGCCGAAGGAACUCUCCAACCUCGCGUCAUCUCCAGAGCAGGUCCAGCCCAGCAUCAGUACCAGCAACCACUCUCUCACCCCAGGACGACCAGGACCCACAACGCCAUGACGACACAUGCAAGGCCAGCUCACCAUCGCACCCUCGACUGGGAUGCCAUCGCCCCUUUGUCAGAGAUACAGCGACAGAGUGUGCUUGAACUCAAGGAUGCAUGCUCCGAGUUGCCUUUGCCACCAAAUUUGGCAGCCGAACACAGCUCUCCGUUACCUUUUAGCAAGCCAAGCAGCUCUUUCAAUGACCUCUCGCAGCAGGCCGGCUCUUCCCCUGCCGCCACCAAGCAGUCCCAGUUACUCGCCUCACCAUCUUUGCAGCCAGCAGGAUUGCUUUCAUUGAAAUCAAAUGCCACAAAAGAGCCGAGUCCACUUCCAAAGUCGUUGCUAGGAAAUGUUACGAACAAGGACAGUGUCAAUGUCGAGGAGCACGACGAGGAGCAAUUGGUGCCGAUCGAGACCACGCAGCAGUUCUUGGACUGGUUCUCGGGUAUCGAAGGAGAGAUGGAGCGGGAUCAAGAGGACGUCUACAGGAACUAUCUGACUGUUGUUGAACUGUACAAAGAGGCGUGCGACGGAUUCUUACAGCAGAUUGACGAGACAUCCGAGUGUUUCAAGAGUCUCGAGGGACACUAUGCCUUUGUGGAGGAGAAAACAAGGGCAUUGCAGCUUGCUUGCGAAAAACUGCUGGAAGAACAGACCAAUCUGCAAACAUUGGCAGAUCUUAUGGCGUCUAAAUUGUCAUAUUUCCACCAACUGGAGGCUGUAACGCGGCUCUUCAACGCCCCCGGAGAUGAUGUCUGUCUUCGGCCAGAAUUCGCUCCAAUGCUCGCUAAACUGGAUGAGUGUUUAGACUAUGUCCAGCAAAACAUCAAAUACAAGGAUUCAGAGCUAUACCAGAUGCGUUUCCGCCAAUGUAUGACGCGCGGCAUGACUCUCAUCAAGAUGCAUCUUAUCACAAAGCUGCGUGCGCUGAGUGCUGAGAUCACCUCCAAGAAACCUGUGCUCGCCAAAGGAGAGUCCAUCAAGCCGGCCAUGGCAACAGCUUUGUUCUAUGUCAAGUUUAGGGCCAUUGCCCCACCACUUCGAUCCCUGGUUGCUGAGCUGGAGAAGAGAUGUGUUUCUCACAAGGAGUACAACUCAUUGCUGAAUGACUGCUACAACUGCUACUUUUCGGUCCGGCAGCAGCAUCUUUCAUCGAUGAUUGUCUCUAAAAUCCAAGAGAUGGGUCCCAGUCAACAGGAUAAGCUUAGGUUUGCACGAAAUGGACUGGCGUACUUGACUUCAGUGUGCAUGGAAGAAUAUUCGCUCUUUUACAACUUUUUCAACACUGGAGAGUCUGAACUUUAUGGAUACCUGGAUACAUUGAUCGGAUACCUGUAUGACUAUCUGCGGCCCAGAAUCAUUCAUGAAAACAAGAUCGAUAUUCUUUCGGAACUCUGCGUCAUCAUGAAUAUCCAGCAAUCGGACAUUCCAAUCGAUGAAAACUCGCAUCUUGCAUUCGGAUAUUUGAUCCGCAAUAUGCUACAGGAUACCCAGCAUCGACUUGUCUAUCGGGCACAGUCCUUCAUCCGUUCAGAGAUUCAAAAUUACAAACCAACUCCAAACGUCCUCGAUUAUCCAGCUCGACUUCAAGCACCCCCACCACUUCCUAGUAACACCGAUGGGCUAUCAAGAUCUAUGUCUUCACAACACAUUUACAGGGCUUCUGAUGCUGAAAGCAUUGCGGAUUCUAUACCAGAAGUAUCAUCGCCAACUCCAUCGCUGGCAAGCAGCAUCGCUGGAGGCUAUUUUUCAUCACCCACACUGCAGCAGUUUGAUGAAUCAGCGGCGAUGUACCAGGGAUGGUAUCCGACUCUACAAAAGACUCUUUGGCUGCUGACAAAGAUCUAUAGGUGCGUCGAACAAGCAAUCUUUGACGACCUAUCUCAGGAAGCAUUGUCGAAGUGCCUUGUAUCGCUGAAUCAGGCAUCGAUGACCAUCAAGGAAACCAAGGAUCCAGUCGACGGACACUUGUUUUUAAUCAAACACCUGCUGAUCCUAAAGGAACAGAUCGCGCCAUUCGAAGGCAAUUUUGUGCAUUCGUCCAAGGAGGUUGACUUUUCGCGGAUGACGGACGCGAUCACAUCGCUGUUCCGUGAUCGAACGAACCUGCUCAGUUUUGGAUCUUGGUUCGGCGCUGUUUCUCAGACGAUAACGCCCACGUUAGUCGACAGCUAUCUGGAUGCCAGACAGGAGAUCGAUCGGGACCUGAAGCUCGUCUGUGAGACGUUUAUUCUGGAGAUGGGCAAAUCAGCAGUCCACUCCUUGACCGAGUUUAUGAACAAGGUGGCAGGAUUCAGGAUCCGAGCAGAUGUGGAAGCAGCGCAGAGGGAACAGGAUCCUUCUGUCUCUAGUGGGCUGAUGAAGAGACCACCGAUGUUGCUGAAGGACAAGCCGUUCGCGAGACCGGAGGAGCUGGCAAGGAUCAUAACGGAUUUCAAGGAGACGGUGCCGCCAAGGAUCCAGUGGACUGUAAGAAAACUGUCUAUGUAUCUCAAGGACCCCAAUACGGAAAUGAUCCUUAUGCGGCCUAUCCAGUCGUUCAUUCUGGAGUCCUACCAGUCGUUUUACGACACGAUUUUGUACGAAUACGACCCAGCGUUGACAUUAAAGGCAUCACAGCAAUCAAAUGGACAGUACAAAAUCCAGCAUGCAGGAAUUAAAGACCUUGAUCCUGUUGACAAGGUCGCGAGCUGGGUUGGUGAUCUGGUCCGCGUCGAGUUGAAGAAGAAUAACCCUGAUUUUGUCAUAGAUCUUUAGAUCCACACACUUCUUGUGCCGUAAAAAGAAAAAGAAAUAAGAAAUAAAAAAUACUAAUGAUAAUAAUAAAAAGUGUUUCUGCAAACACCAAAC